AUGUUUCGAGCUCGCCGAUACCGAGUUCUGGUCAUAUUCGCGGCGGCUAUUGUCUUCACAUUCUUCCACUUUGCGCGGUCACGCGAUUGGAGCUAUACAGUGAUUGAAAAGUCUACAGGCGUUCAUACACCCGAUGCUGCCCAUCCGAAUCAGCCCGACACACAAAGACCUGAAAACCCGGCCGUUGCUGCCGCCAUCGAGGAGAGUCGAAACCGUGUGCUUCCCGAUCCCUACCGCGGCUCCACCUCCCCACCACAGCCAGAGAAGAUAAUCUCGCCUGUGGGUCCCAACAGUGGCUCAAAGGAUGCCGGCCGGUUUAAAGAUGCCUCCUCUGACACUCCGGUGAAAACACCCAUCAAGGAUGACACCAAAGACUCCACGAAGGGCUCCACGAAGGAACCCGUGAAGGAACCGGCGAAGGUGGAGGGCACCGACAGCUUGGCGCCACCUACAACGGCAAAUACCGAUAAAGGGGCAGCGGAGCGCCCUGAGCCCGGUAUUCCAACGGCCAAGUGGAGGAAGUUCCCAGAGCGGUUCCCCGUCCCCGCAGAGGAGGUGAUCAAGCUGCCAAAGGAACAGCCGAAAGCAAUUCCCAAGCUGCAAGCGAAGUUCAAGGAUGAGUCGAGCUCUGACAAGCAAGAGCGUCUGCAACGGCUUAGCGUUAUAAAGGCCGAGUUCACGCAUGCCUGGAAAGGUUACAAGGAGAUCGCAAUGGGACAUGACGAAGUCAAGCCUUUGUCGAAGGAGCUUGAGGACCCAUUCAAUGGUUGGGGAGCGACCUUGGUCGAUUCCAUUGACACUCUCUGGAUUAUGCAAUUGAAGGAUGAAUUCUCCGAGGCUUUGGAUGUGAUCAAAAACAUUGAUUUCAAGACAUCACUGAGAGCAGAUAUUCCGAUGUUUGAGACAACCAUCCGUUAUCUUGGAGGCCUUUUGGGUGCCUACGAUAUUUCUGGUCAUCGAUACCCGGUGCUUUUGGAGAAAGCAGAGGAGCUUGCUGAGGUUCUCAUCGGUGCCUUUGACACCCCUAACCGCAUGCCACAUCUUUACUAUCGCUGGGCCCCAGAGUAUGCUGCGAAACCGCAUCGGGCGUCUUCCCGAGCUGGUCUGGCUGAGAUUGGGUCGCUUUCCUUGGAAUUUACCCGUUUGGCUCAAUUGACCAAGCGGGACAAAUACUAUGAUGCGAUUGCACGGAUUACCAACGAAUUGGAGAAAAUCCAAGAUUCGACUAGCAUCCCUGGACUGUGGCCUCUGCGGGUCAAUGCACAGGGAUGUUCCAAGUACUCCAAGAACACACCUAACACACCUCCACGUGAUAACAGUCCUACACGCGAGCAGCACGCCGCUAGUACAACCGAAAGCACUACUACGAUGACCCGCAAGACUUACGCUGCACCGACGGACCUUGAGAGUUAUUUGAAGCUGAUCCCACGCGGCACGAACGCUGACAUUGAAGGACAUGCCCAAGCUGCCAAUGAUACGCGAGUUGCGAGUGAACCUGGCAUUCAGGCUCGGGAGCAAACUACGCUAUCAGCAGAUCAAUGCAAUGGCGGAUUGCGACUUCCCAAUUCACCCCGCGAUAACGAAUACACCAUGGGAGGAAUGGCUGACUCGACCUACGAAUACCUACCUAAGGAAUACCUGCUACUGGGUGGCCUGAACGAGCAAUACCUGAAUAUGUAUAAAAAGGCAGCCACUGCAGCCCGUCAGACUCUUCUCUUCCAGCCCAUGGUGAAAGGUGGACGUGAUAUCCGGUUCAUGGCCUCGACUACUCCAAUGACACCUGGAAAGGUCGCGGAGGUCACUCCUACCGAUCUUCGAUACGAAGGCGCUCACUUGACAUGUUUCGUCGGCGGCAUGUUCGCCAUAGGAGCCAAGGCCUUUGGCAUAGAUGGUGAUCUGGAACUUGCAGGCAAACUGACCGACGGUUGUGUUUGGGCUUACGAGUCGACACAGACCGGAGUGAUGCCUGAACGCUUCCGCCUCUUGCCUUGUGAGAAAGGCUCGGCCUGUGAACCCCGGGCAGGACAUUCGUUCCGCAAUGGAGAGACCAGCUACGGACAGCGUGUGGAUUUGAUCGCACACGACCCACCGCAAGAAUCCGCGACCGGGUCGAUUCCCUUGCCCAUGCCAGGCUCAUUAAAUCCCCACGAUAGCGAUGUGUUGGCCAAGCGCGAUGGCCUCACAUUGGAAAAGCGUGCGGAAGCAUCGUCUGUUGCUUCAAUUCCGACUGCUACUCCCAGUGGAACUGAUCUACAGAUCCGAGAUGCACCUCGUUCAUCUUCAUCGCCCGCUUCGCCCCACAUCGCUGAAGUCGGCAAAGACCACCUCCCAGCAGGCAUGACCAGUAUCCCGUCACCGAACUACUACCUUCGGCCCGAGGCAAUUGAGUCAGUCUUUAUCAUGUACCGUCUGACCGGUGACGAAUCUUGGCGUCGCAAGGGGUGGCAGAUGUUCGAGGCCGUCUCGAAGUAUACCCGAACGGAGCUGGGCAACGCCGCCAUCCACGAUGUCACAGCCCAGAAACCGAUCCAUAAGGACACGAUGGAGUCUUUCUGGUUAUCUGAGACACUGAAGUAUUUCUACCUUUUGUUCAGCGACCCUACUGUCGUGGACUUGGAUAAAUAUGUUCUAAAUACCGAAGCGCAUCCUUUCCUGCGCCCGGCUGCAUAA